UGGCCCUCAAUAUUUUCAGGGCUUGAAAUCAUUGCUAAUCAUGUUAUGUUCAGCCACAGAGAUGGUGGUGGAUCUCCUUCCCUUUUGGAUCUUCUUGUUAGUCUUGGAAGAAACCAUGAUGCUACAUUGGCCUUGGCAGACCUCAAUGCAGAGCUUGAUUAUUCCCCUGGAGCCAUGGUCUAUAUCUCAGGAAGGGUGCUAAACACUCCGUUGGCCCCUGGCUUAAUGGAGAAUGGUUCAUAA